CGUACAGAUGGCUCAUCCAGAUCGAGAAACGAACCUUCCGACUCGUGAACUGAAGAAGCUUUACGACAACGACAGCAAUCGGUGGAAACGUGGUCCACCCGACACACUCUAUAGACACGAGACUGAUCGGCGAUCAGUAGACUUAAAUCAAAAUGAGCCGGUGAACAUUUCGGAACUAACCGCUAAGGAAAAGGAUGAUGAUCUCUCAGUUAUUCGUCUUAUCUCAGCGUGGAGAUAACAUCGUCUUCCGCGACUACCGAGCUGAGGUACCAAAAGGAAGUACAGAGACAUUCUUCCGUAAAGUCAAGUUCUGGAAGGAGGAUGGUAAUGCAGAGGCGCCACCUAUCUUUAAUGUGGAUGGUGUGAACUACUUCCAUGUCAAGGUCGUUGGUCUUUAUUUCGUUGCGACUACGAGGGUUAACGUGUCACCGUCUCUUGUCUUGGAGCUUCUACAAAGAAUCGCUCGUGUUAUCAAGGAUUACCUUGGCGUUUUGAAUGAAGAUUCAUUCAGGAAAAAUUUUUUGCUCGUGUAUGAGUUACUCGAUGAAGUCAUUGAUUUUGGUUACGUGCAAACUACAUCAACAGAGGUUUUGAAGUCUUAUGUAUUCAACGAGCCAAUUUUGAUUGCUCCUGCACGCCUUCAACCUAUUGAUCCUGCUGCCAUCUUCACACAAGGAGCCAAAAGAAUGCCUGGAACAGCAGUUACAAAAUCCGUUCUAGCUAAUGAUCCUGGGGGUCGGAGAAGAGAGGAGAUUUUUGUGGACAUCAUCGAGAAAAUCAGUGUUACUUUCAGUUCAAACGGUUAUAUACUGACAUCUGAGAUUGAUGGCACCAUUCAAAUGAAGAGUUAUCUUUCUGGUAAUCCGGAAAUUCGUUUAGCUCUUAAUGAAGACCUUAACAUAGGAAGAGGAGGAGGAGGAGUAUCUGUAUAUGAUUAUAGGAGUUCUUCAGGUUCAGGGGUGAUACUUGAUGACUGUAACUUUCAUGAGUCUGUUCGCCUUGAUAGCUUCGAUUCAGAUAGAACUCUGUCCCUUGUUCCACCAGAUGGUGAGUUUCCAGUGAUGAAUUACCGUAUGACACAGGAGUUCAGGCCUCCUUUUCAUGUUAAUACCUUGAUUGAAGAGGCCGGACGCCUUAAGGCUGAAGUGAUAAUUAAAAUACGAGCCGAGUUCCCUUCAGACAUAAUUGCAAACACGAUUGCUGUUCAGAUGCCAUUGCCAAAUUAUACUUGCAGGGCUAGUUUUGAGUUAGAACAUGAUGCGGUUGGACAGAAGACAGAUUUCAAGGAAAGUAGUAAAAUGCUUGAAUGGAGUUUGAAAAAGAUUGUUGGCGGGGCUGAACAUACACUGCGUGCCAAGCUGACAUUUUCUCAGGAAUUUCAUGGUAAUAUCACAAAGGAAGCUGGACCUGUCAGCAUGACGUUCACGAUACCCAUGUACAAUGUUUCAAAACUUCAGGUCAAAUACUUGCAGAUAGCAAAGAAAUCAAGUAGUUACAAUCCAUAUCGUUGGGUGAGGUAUGUGACGCAGGCCAAUUCGUACGUGGCUCGGAUAUGACCAACUUUGAGAUAAUGUUUGUCACUUUGUAUGUCUCCUAAGUACUUUCUAUUUUCUUCUCGAGAGUGUGUUCAUAUUUCAAGUCAAUACUUGUUCUGAGUUCUACGGUGGGUGCCCCUGAUGAUCUCUUUUCAUGAAAUCCGCAGAACUGAAUAAUAUAAUGUUAUAAUGUUUUAA